UUCUUCGGAACAUAGCUCCACAUACUGUAGUGGAUUCCAUAAUGACAGCGCUGUCUCCCUACGCAUCCUUAGCUGUCAAUAAUAUUCGUCUCAUAAAAGACAAGCAAACCCAGCAGAACAGAGGCUUUGCAUUUGUGCAGCUGUCUUCUGCAAUGGAUGCUUCUCAGCUUCUUCAGAUAUUACAGAGUCUUCAUCCUCCUUUGAAGAUUGAUGGGAAAACCAUUGGGGUUGAUUUUGCAAAAAGUGCCAGAAAAGACUUGGUCCUCCCAGAUGGCAAUCGGGUUAGCGCCUUCUCUGUGGCUAGUACAGCCAUUGCUGCUGCUCAAUGGUCAUCUACCCAGUCUCAAAGUGGUGAAGGAGGCAGUGUUGACUACAGUUACUUGCAACCAGGUCAAGACGGUUAUGCUCAGUAUGCACAGUACUCACAGGAUUACCAGCAGUUUUAUCAGCAACAAGCUGGUGGAUUGGAAUCGGAUGUAUCCUCUGUAUCAGUGACCACCACCUCUGCAGCUGUAGUGUCCCAGAGUCCCCAGCUAUAUAAUCAGACCUCCAAUCCACCUGGCUCUCCGACUGAGGAAGCACAGCCUAGCACUAGCACAAGUACACAGGCCCCAGCUGCUUCCCCCACUGGUGUAGUUCCUGGUAACAAAUAUGCGGUACCAGACACAUCCACUUACCAGUAUGAUGAAUCUUCAGGAUAUUAUUAUGAUCCAACAACAGGACUCUAUUAUGACCCCAACUCACAAUACUACUAUAAUUCCUUAACACAGCAGUAUCUUUAUUGGGAUGGAGAGAAGGAGACCUAUGUGCCAGCUGCAGAAUCUAGCUCUCACCAGCAGACAGGCCUGCCUCCUGCAAAAGAAGGGAAAGAAAAGAAGGAAAAACCUAAAAGCAAAACAGCACAGCAGAUCGCCAAAGACAUGGAACGCUGGGCUAAGAGUUUAAACAAGCAGAAAGAAAAUUUUAAAAAUAGCUUUCAACCUGUCAAUUCCCUGAGGGAAGAAGAAAGGAGAGAAUCUGCUGCCGCAGAUGCUGGCUUUGCACUCUUUGAGAAGAAGGGAGCCUUAUCUGAAAGGCAGCAACUCAUCCCAGAAUUGGUACGAAAUGGAGAUGAGGAGAAUCCCCUCAAAAGGGGUCUGGUUGCUGCAUACAGUGGCGACAGUGACAAUGAGGAAGAGCUGGUAGAAAGACUUGAGAGUGAAGAAGAAAAGCUUGCUGACUGGAAAAAGAUGGCCUGCCUGCUCUGCCGUCGCCAGUUCCCUAACAGAGAUGCUCUGAUCAGGCACCAGCAGCUCUCUGACUUACACAAGCAAAACAUGGACAUCUACCGACGAUCCAGGCUGAGUGAGCAGGAGCUGGAAGCCUUGGAGCUGAGGGAGAGAGAGAUGAAAUACCGAGAUAGAGCUGCCGAAAGGCGAGAGAAGUAUGGCAUUCCAGAGCCUCCUGAGCCGAAGCGCAAGAAGCAGUUUGAUGCUGGACCGGAUGCCCCCAUUUACACGGAAGACCCCAUUCCAGGUCCCUCUGAGUCAGAAGACAGUGAGAGAUAG